AUGUCUCUGCAGCCUCAGCCUCACAUCACCAUCACCAGCCUCAGUCUCUGCCUCAGCCUCAACCUCAGCCUCAUCAUCUUCAGUCUCAGCCUCAGCCUCAACCUCAGCCUCAUCAUCUUCAGUCUCAGCCUCAACCUCAGCCUCACCCUCAACCUCAGCCUCAUCAUCUUCAGUCUCAGCCUCAGCCUCACCCUCAACCUCAGCCUCAUCAUCUUCAGUCUCAGCCUCACCCUCAACCUCAGCCUCAUCAUCUUCAGUCUCAGCCUCACCCUCAACCUCAGCCUCAUCAUCUUCAGUCUCAGCCUCAGCCUCACCCUCAACCUCAGCCUCAUCAUCUUCAGUCUCACCCUCAACCUCAGCCUCAUCAUCUUCAGUCUCAGCCUCAGCCUCACCCUCAACCUCAGCCUCAUCAUCUUCAGUCUCAGCCUCAACCUCAGCAUCAUCAUCUUCAGUCUCAGCCUCAACCUCAGCAUCAUCAUCUUCAGCCUCAGCCUCAGCCUCAUCCUCAGCCUCAGUCUCAGCCUCAGCCUCAGUCUCAGCCUCAGCCUCAACCUCAGCCUCAGCCUCAACCUCAACCUCAACCUCAGCCUCAGCCUCAACCUCAGCCUCAGCCUCAGUCUCAACCUCAGCCUCAACCUCAACCUCAUCCUCAGCCUCAGCCUCAACCUCAACCUCAGCCUCAGCCUCAGCCUCAACCUCAGCCUCAACCUCAACCUCAACCUCAGCUUCAGCCUCAACCUCAGCCUCAGCCUCAACCUCAGCCUCAGCCUCAGCAUCACCAGCCUCAGCCUCAGCCUCAACCUCAGCCUCAGCCUCAACCUCAACCUCAACCUCAACCUCAGCCUCAGCCUCAACCUCAGCCUCAGCCUCAGUCUCAGCCUCAACCUCAGCCUCAACCUCAGCCUCAGCCUCAGCCUCAACCUCAGCCUCAACCUCAGCCUCAACCUCAGCCUCAACCUCAGCCUCAACCUCAUCCUCAGCCUCAACCUCAGCCUCAACCUCAACCUCAGCCUCAGCCUCAACCUCAACCUCAGCCUCAGCCUCAACCUCAUGCUCAGCCUCAACCUCAACCUCAGCCUCAGCCUCAACCUCAGCCUCAGUCUCAGCCUCAGCCUCAGCCUCAACCACAUCCUCAGCCUCAGUCUCAGCCUCAGCCUCAACCUCAGCCUCAACCUCAACCUCAGCCUCAGCCUCAGCCUCAACCUCAACCUCAUCCUCAGCCUCAGCCUCAGCAUCAUCAUCACCAGCCUCAGCCUCAGCCUCAACCUCAACCUCAGCCUCAGUCUCAGCCUCAGCCUCAACCUCAGCCUCAACCUCAGCCUCAACCUCAUGCUCAGCCUCAACCUCAACCUCAGCCUCAGCCUCAGCCUCAACCUCAGCCUCAACCUCAGCCUCAACCUCAUGCUCAGCCUCAACCUCAACCUCAGCCUCAGCCUCAGCCUCAACCUCAGCCUCACGCGUCUGGGUCUGUUACCCGCCGCUGCUCCAUCCGUCACUGCGGCCUCUGAACCGGCGUCUGCGACCUGCACCGUACAGACGCAGGCGGUCACUCCCAGAGCCGCAGAUGUCGUAGUGUGA